GGAAAAUCUCAACUUGCUCAUUUUUAUUGCUGCAGCUCUUGAUCCAAGGUAUAAGCUUUCUGAUUUCACUAGGCUCACUACUUUGGAAAUAUUUGGUGUUUAGUCUGGAGAGAAGGUGUGGUAUGCUGUUAACAAAUGUGUUCGCGAGUUGUUUGAAGAAUACUGAGUAAGAUUGACUACACCAGAACCAACAACACCAGCCAUUAGCCAAGUAACAAUAGGAGGAGGAGCAAGUAUGAUGAAGGAACUAAUUGCAAGUAGGUUGAGGCAAAAUAAUAGUGGAGGAAGUGCAAGUAGUAAAUCUGAGCUUGAAAAAUACCUUGCCAAAGACUCUGAAGACCCUGACAAAAAAAUUGGUAUCCUAGGAUGGUGGAAAGAGAAUUCAUCUAGGUUUUCAAUCUUGGCAAAUAUGGCUCGUGAUAUUCUUGCUAUCCCCAUUACAACUGUGGCUUCCGAGUCUGCCUUUAGCACAAGUGGACGCAUACUCGAUGACUUUAGGACAUCUCUAACUCCGUUUAUGGUGCAAGCUUUAGUUUGUACGCAAGACUGGCUGAGAAGGUCAACAGAUCCGGUCGACAUCAAGGAGAACUUGGAAGAAUUAGAAGUGCUAGAAAAAGAGUUGAUUGAAGAAUUUGGUGACAAGGUGAAGGGAAAGCGGAAGUUCAAUGGUGUUGUUGUUGCUUCUUCCAUGGCCAAGUCAAACAAGUGUGCAAGUCGACCAACAAACUGACAUCCACGUCUACUCAUGGCUGAACUAAAAUCAUGUUGAAUGUAUGCUGUUUUAGUUAUCAUCUUUUGAUUUUGAUUUGUGACUCGAGACUUGAGAAUUGAGAACUGGGAGUGAGAGUGUGAGACCUUAAUGUUUGUUGUUUGCUGCUGAAUUGAAAGCAUGUACUAAACUUGAUUUGUUUCAUGUCAAGUUCUAUGUUGUCAAGUACUAAGUGGUGAUGGUGUUUGCUGCUUGUCG